UUCGGUGUAACACCGGCACAUCAUGCGGACCGGAAGCGCGCGAACUCAGCGUGGUGCAGCCUAGCCGUUAGUUGAUCUCAGUUUGUUUAACUCGUUAGUGUAAUUCCUUAGUUAACCACUCCUUUAGUUUAACUCAGUUGGUUUAACUCAUUUGUUUUAACUGUGUUAGUUUAAGGUUUUUAGAUGGAAGAACAACAACGUUCCGUCGUUCUGCUCGAUAGAACCAUCUUCCAGUUAGGCAAGUUCAUCCAUAUUUUAAAUUUCCCUGUCUAAUGUCUAUUAAUUCGUUUUAAGGCUAAGCGUGCCAAUAGGAGCAUCUUAAGAGAGUAGCUAGCUAGAAAGUUAACGUUACCCUGGAUCCGUAUUGCCCUAAUAUCACAUACUAAAAGAGUACUAAAGUGAAAACGUCACGUUGUCCUGGCAACCGGAUUUUCGGUUCUAAACAACCGAACGAGAGAUGGCGUUUUCCAUUUCUUCCAAGCGUUGUUUCUUUCAAAAUUAACAUAAAUCAAUUUCAAGAGGUGAAAAUCACUACCAAUCGAAACAUGUCGAGGCGUUCAUGUAUUCCCCUGGGGUAUUAAAAGGAAAAGUUUACACGACGUUAGUAUAGUUAUUUUUUUUAUAUGAAGACAAUCUAUUCUCAAUAUUAAUUACAUCAUUGGUAAAGCAAACUCGCAAAUCAAUUCGCAAAAAAAUCGUUCCUUUUCUAUAAAACGUCCGGGUGGCAUAGGAUUUCCCCUUGAUCAUUUGGUUCGUUUAGAACCGAAAACUGGCUGCUAUGGAAAAGUGGCAUCACACUUUAGUGCUCUAUUAUUACAGCUUUACAAACAAGAGAGCUUUCUCGGAGGAGAGAUGAGCUCACUCUGCAGAUAAAAGCCUGCGGAGCGGACAUCACAGAGAGGAAGUCCUUCACUGAAACAAUGCAUAAACAUAUCAAGGACCUGGAGGAGGAGAUCACCGUGAUGCAGAACACAGUGAAGCAGAUCAAGGACAACGCCAAAAGCAUGAAGGCGAAUAACCACCUUCUACAACACUAUGAGAUGACCCUGAAGGAAGAACUGGAGAAGAAACAGGAGAACUACAUUCAAGAUAAGAAGGAGUACGAGGAGAGGAUUGCGAGUUACCGGAACGUGCUCCAACAGCACAAAGAGUUCUACUGCAGGAAUCCUCUGGCCAAACAGCUCCUCGCUAUUCAGUCUGAGAAAGAGGACAUUGAGGGGCGGAUUAAGGCUUUGGAGGAUCAGAUAGCCCUGAAACAGGAUGUACUGGCAGCAGUCAACUCCUCCCUCAGCGAGAGCCAAGCAGAAAGCGUCUCUGCCCAGCUGACUGAAGCAGAGCCAGUAGCACAACGCGACCAACAGCCAGAGGUGGAGGCUAGUUUCUCCAUCGGCUCUCUCCAUCUCAACCCCACAGAGGAACCCCUCAGAGAAGUUGAUAACAUAAGUUUGACCGGCGAGGAAAUCUGUGGCGACGCCAUGAACAAGAGAUCGGCCCCAGAAACUCUCUGUUACCCCCCGGGGUCAAACCGGGAGGCCAUGGCUCAGAAGCCUCCAUCAGAUCAGAGGUCCGGUGGUGCAGAGCCAGACCAACAAUGGGGACCAAAGACACAGGAUGAGCCGGCUGGCCUACCAGCAAGAGAGGAGAUGAUGGAGGAGGAGGAGGAGGAGGAAGAGCAGCCACUUCCACUCGCAGAUGAAGAAGGCGAUGCCGUGGAUGAUGAUGAUGAUGAUGAUCAGAGAGACAAUGCCCCACCUCAUUCCUUCUUAUCUCCCAUGAUCCAGCCUCAAUCUGCACCGGGCCGCAUGAAGCUGGUCCCAUCCACCCCCACCUUCUCCAUCAACAGCAGCCCCAGCGUCUCCCCGGGCCCUGUCUCCUCCCACCGCAAGUCCCCCACCUUCCUGUUCUCCACCACCUCCGAUCCCAGCACCCCCAGUUUCUCUGGGUUUGAAUUUGACAUGGGUUCUGCUCAGGAAGAGGACUCCCCGUUCGCCUUCACCAGCUCAUAUUUCAGUGGAAAGAAGGGCGACUCUGAAUCCCCCAGUGCAGGCCCAGGGUUUCUGUUCAAUGAAGCCCAGAGACCAGAGGGCGAGUUCCACUUUUCCUUCUCCUCUAAAAGACCUGUGGGGAGCGGAGCCAGCCAAGACGAGCCGGCCAAGGAAGAGGUGUUCCCCUUCUCCUUCACUUACAGCUGAACAGGAUCUUUAAAUACCUGAGACUACAGUUCUUAGAUGUCGGUCAUUUGCAUUGGGUUUAAUAGGUUUAGUUUGCCCUGAAAAUUUUUUAAUUUAUGGGUUAGACAAUUGUUUAACUCUUAAUGUUUAUUUAUGUUUGUAAGUUCUAUAUUCUUAUAAUUUAGUGUUGUGUUCAAGUCUUAAGAUAAACAAUUAAACAUAUAUGCAAAUG